CAACAUCUCCAAACUCAAUCUCAUCAACACACACAUCCCAUGGCUUCUUUACAUACCACACCUCUCCUCUCUUCUUCUCUAUCAAAAAUCAACGCUUCUAUUCGUCUCCCUAACCCUCCACCACUCUCUCGUUCUCUCCCAAAGCUACCAUCAAAACCCCUGCGCAUUGAUCAACUUAAUGGCUCCACACACACAAUUCCAUUGGAGAACAACGUUGUUACCAAACACAUAUAUCAAGAUUUAUUCACUCCCACCGACACAUCAUCUCAUAACCUCACUCUUCAACUCUACGCAAUUUUGGAGCAAGUUUCUGACAGAAUUGAAAUGCACAAAAACAUUGGCGAACAGAGAAACAACUGGAAUACUCUUCUUCUUAACUCCCUCAACACGAUCACUCUCACUGCCACGGCCAUGGCCGGUGUUGCUGCAGCCACCACUGGUGACACCGGGGCACCGCUUUUGGCCUUGAAACUAUCAUCAACGCUCUUGUUUUCUGCCGCCACAGGGAUGUCACUCAUCAUGAACAAAAUUCAGCCCUCACAACUCGCCGAGGAGCAACGCAAUGCUACAAGGUUGUUCAAAGAGCUUCAUACCCAAAUCCAAACCCUAAUCACUAUUGGAAAUCCCACAGAGAAAGAUGUGAAGAGUUCAAUAGAGAAGGUGUUGGCACUCGACAAAGCUUACCCACUUCCCUUGUUGGGAGCCAUGCUCGACAAGUUUCCCCAAAAAUAUGAACCAGCGGUCUGGUGGCCUUCGUCUCAGUCCCAGAGAAAA